AAAUAACGGCCACGACACAACCACCGCUCCCGUCCCGCGGAACGGGAGAGCCCCGGAAAGAGCUCGUCGUCGCCCCAGGAGCCCGCUCCACCCAAGAAACGGUACGCAGAGCGCCAGGCUCCACUCUCCACCCCCGUCUGCGUGCGUGCGACCGCGCGCGACGUCUCGGUGAUGGCGUACCGUCGGAAGCAGGGCAUCCAGCGCUCGGCCACCUUCGUCGAGGACCACCGCCAGGCGUCGUCGGGCGGCUCCGCGUCGCCGGCCAUCGCGUCCCCGCGCGCCACACGGUUCGCGGACGACAGCCGCCGCCCCGAACGCCCCUCUCCCCUGGCCUCGCCCGCCGCGCCCGGGGACCUAACGCUGCCUUCCAUCGGCGAGCGCUUACCCGCCGCUCCGGCGGCGGCGGGGGCCCAAGCCCAAUGCGACGUCGAGCCGAGUAGCCCGCUGCAGGACCCUGUCACCCAUCUCUACACAUCGCCAACUUGCCUAAACGACGAGGGGCCCAAGUACGACCUCGAGCUAUCCAAGAAAGAGCACACGAAGCAUGGGUUCUGGGGGCUUCUGGCUCAGAAAGCCAAGGUCAUGCUCGACGAGAAUGGCACCCCACGCAUUCAGACCUCUGAAUCUCGCUGGUCCUACGAUCGGGUCCGAAGCUCGGAGAGCCAGAGCCCCACGGCACGGAGAGGAACGCUGGAAGGCAGGCUAGACAUCGGAGGGAAGAUCAAGGACGUUCUUGAGAAGGAGGGCCUGGCGGUGGCCGACAACACAAUGUCAGGCAACAGCCACGGCGGUGUCGUCGCUGCUGCCCGGAAGCUGCACAUCAGGAGGAAGGCGUGCAGCAUGGACUUCCGGGCCGCAAACCUGACCCCGGCCAGCCCCAGCAUGUCGCCGAUGCUGGCCGACAUGGAAUCGCCUCAGCUCAAGGCCUCUCGCGACGUAGCGAACGCCAUGGCCGCCAAGGUGAAGCUGCUGCAGCGGGAGCUCAAGACGUUGAAGGCCGACCUGGCCUUCUCCAAGGAGCGGUGCGCGCAGCUGGAGGAGGAGAACCGGCUGCUCCGGGAUGGCAACCACGACGCCGACGAGGACCUGAUACGGCGGCAGCUGGAGACGCUGCUCGCGGAGAAGACGCGGUUGGCGCACGAGAACACGGUGUACGCCCGCGAGAACCGGUUCCUGCGGGAGAUCGUCGACUACUACCAGCUCAACAUGCAGGACGUCGUCAACCUUGACGACGACGACGACGACAUCGAGGAAGAAGACGACGAUUACGACGUCAACGCCGACGACGUGGAGUUGGAGGCUGAACAGUACCAAGAUCGCCGCAAGUGCCUGCCGUCCCGGCUUGUGCUGGAGGAAGAGGAGCACCAGGCGGCCGAUCCAGGCGCCGAACCGCAGUCGCCCACUGAGCAGACGGAGUCGCCGCGAAUGCUGAACACGAACAGCGGCGGCGGUGUCACCCCUGACCACGAAUCGCCGCGGAUCCUGAACACGAACAGCGGCGGCGGCGGCACCCCUGACCGCGAAUCGCCACGGAUCCUGAACACGAACAGUGGCGUCACCUCUGACCACGAAUCGCCGCGGAUGCUGAACACAAACAGCGGCGGCACCCCUGACCACGAACCGCCGCGGAUGCUGAACACAAACAGCGGCGUCGAAAUUGCUAGUGAAUCCCCCAGGAUGCUGAGCACAAACACCGGCGGCAACACAAAUGAGUCGCCCCGGGGCUACAAGGAUGAUGGUUCUUCGCCAGAAACGACGAGGGACGGUUGACGAUUCUUCAUCUCUGAUUUGUCAUUUGGAUUUUGUUGAAUGUAAAACCUGAUUCACCUGAUCAGCGUGAAAAUAAAGAACCAUUAUUGAUCAGGUAUUUUUAUUUCAGAUGUUAAGAUUCCUGAUCAAUGACCAGAUAUUCUUCCUUUCCAGAUGACUGAUUGCUGCGAUUCAGUCCCAUUGUGGUUUUCUCGCCUAUAGUGCUCUUCAGCACAACGUCUGAUUCACUGGCAUUUCCUAGAGGACAAAUAGGAUCAGCAACCUGCACCUUGUUUAAUUAGAAUGGGUAUCCUUAAUUCCUUAUAUCAUCCAGAUGUACCCCGUUUGGACCCACCAUGGACAGAUCAAAACAUAUAUCAAACAAAAGCCAAAACAAC